AUGACUUCCUUCGAAUCUGCCACGGGCCACCGAGGUUAUUUUGAACAGGACACUAACAGGGCACGAAGUCCUUCCAUUCUCAUUAACACUGGCAAUAGUUGGCAUUCUACGAACACACCUUGUCGUGACAUUCGCAGGAGGCCAUCACCUUAUGCCCUUCUCCCGGCCCUACAAUUCCCGGAUGAACUUCAACCUCGAUCUCCGGACACGGAAGAAUCUACGAGCGUAACUCCUGUCGAUAAUCAUACUCGUCAAGCGAUUCCGGACCAUGACGCAAAUGAACCGACUGCCGCUGUCAAAAAGAAGAAGGCGAAGAUGCAUGCUUGCAAACUUUGCGGGAAAAACUUCCCGAGGCCCAGCGGUUUGAAAACUCAUAUGAACGCGCAUAAUAAUCAUAAACCGUUUUCUUGUGCCUAUCCAGGAUGUGAACGUACAUUCACUGUUCGCUCUAACGCAAAACGACACCUUCGCACACACGGAAUUCAUCCGGAUGAUGCAGUUGCAGCCUCUAUGGUACCUCGGUCUACUGCGCCCGAUUUUGAAGUCAAUUUUGAUGAACCGGUCGUGCAGGACCACGACCACGAACUCAAUAGCGUUGUGCCACAGUUGAAGUGGAUGCCCCCUAGUCUAUCUUCGCGCACAAAUGCGGCAUCAUUGAGAUCUAUCUCGGAGGACAGUGACUCAGACUGGGAAGAUGGUAAAGAAGACCCGAUCGUUGAACAUUGUGCCCUAUCCUUGCCAAUUCCUCUGCAGCCUGUAGUGCCCUCCGAGAGGGGAAUCCCUAUGCAAGAGCCCUAUGUAGAGGAACAAGUUGAGGAACGAAACUCGUACGAAGAAGCUGGAAUCUAUCCCUACCAUGCCUCGCAGGUUCCUCUUCUCGAUCUUCUCUACAGAACCGAUAUUCACGAUUAA